UUUGAUGUAGAUCACCUGGUUGAUCAGUAGUUAAAUAUAAGUUGUGCCUGCGCUUCUGCUCCUCGCACCUUUUUAUACCUCCGUUCUGUCUUCGGCAGGACAGCUGUGAGACAAACAUGUUGGUCUGGAUAGUGUGUGCAGCUUUGAUUGUAUUUGGCGUUUUACUCCGCCAUCCUUAUCUCUUCCAGGAUGUCCAGUACGUGCUUACUAAAAUAAAAGUAAAGCGGUUCGUCUUAAAGUGCAUGCGGACUAAUUACUCAAUCCUGGACCGCUUUUUAGACUUGGUGAAGACGCAGCCGCAAAAGACUUUAAUUUAUUUUAAAGAUGAAAUGUUCACGUACCGGGAAGCAGACGUCCUGAGCAACAAAGCCGCGAGAGCGUUUCUGCAGGCUGGAUGCGUAAAAGAAGGAGACACGGUGGCGCUGUUCCUGGGGAACCAGCCGAUGUUCCUGUGGCUCUGGUUGGGUUUGAUGAAGAUUGGAUGCGCUGGAGCUUUGCUCAACUCCAACAUCAGAUCCAAGUCUCUGCUACGCUGCCUCAACUGCAGCGGAGCCACAACUCUGGUAGCAGCUGAAGAGUUGCUGGAUGCAGUGAAGGAGGUGCUGCCCCAUCUGCAUGAACAGCAGAUCACUGUUUUCAUCUUAGCCGACAGGUGUGAAACUGCAGGUGUGGAGAGCUUCAUCCAUAAAAUGAAUCAGGCUUCCUCUGAGCCUAUACCCAAGGAGUUAAGGUCCCAUUUAACCAUGCAGAGUCCAGCAGCCUACAUAUACACCUCAGGGACAACAGGUCUCCCUAAGGCAGCUGUGAUCACUUACAGCAGAGUGUGGGGCAUGUCUUUACUUCUGGCUACAUCAGGAGUGAACUCCAAAGAUGUGAUUUAUGAUGCCCUCCCGCUUUAUCACAGUACUGGCCUCCUUGUCUUCACUGGGGCCAUUGAGAGGGGUAUUCCUGUUGUUCUGAGGAGUAAGUUUUCUGCUUCCCAGUUCUGGGACGACUGCAGAAAAUAUAAUGUCACCGUCAUACAGUAUAUAGGUGAAAUUAUGCGUUAUCUCUGCAACACUCCACAGAAACUCAGUGAUAAAAACCACAAAGUCAGACUUGCAAUAGGCAACGGGAUCAGAGCAGAUGUUUGGAGGGACUUUGUGAGACGAUUUGGAGAAAUUCAAAUCAGAGAAUUUUAUGGAGCAACUGAAGGAAACUUUGCUCUGUUGAAUUAUAGCAGCAAGAUGGGAGCUCUCGGGCGACACACCUUCCUGCUCAAGAUGUUUUUUCCAUAUGCUGUGAUCAAAUAUGACAUAGACAAAGAAGAACCUUUGAGGGAUUCUUCUGGUUUCUGCAUGGAGGUUGACAAAGGUGAACCUGGACUUCUGGUGACUGAAAUAACAGCCAAAGCUCCAUUCAUUGGUUAUGUGAGAGACUUGAAUCAAACUGAGAAAAAGAAGCUGCAUAACGUCUUCAAGAAAGGUGAUCUGUACUUCAACACUGGUGACCUGCUGCGCAUCGAUGAGGAUAAUUUCAUGUACUUCCACGAUCGUGUUGGAGACACAUUCAGAUGGAAAGGAGAGAACGUGGCUACGGCUGAGGUGGCCGACAUCCUGGUGCUGGCUGACUGCGUUAAAGAAGCCAAUGUUUACGGAGUCAAAGUGCCAGGUCAGGAGGGAAGAGCCGGGAUGGCUGCUGUUACUUUGAGAGAUGGACUGAAGUUUGACUCCAUGGCUGUUUUUAAACAUGUUGAGGACUUCCUGCCGUCCUACGCCAGGCCGCGCUUUAUGAGGAUUCAAAGGUCACUGGACAUUACAGGCACGUUCAAGCUAAUAAAGACGAAAGUAUUGGAGCAGGGCUUCAACCCAAAUGACGUUACAGACCCACUCUACUUUCUGAAUGAAAAAGAGAAGAAUUAUACUCCACUCACGCCAGAUGUAUUUGAUUCAGUUAUAGCAGGAGACAUCAAAAUAUAAAGUGAUUUUACUUUUUAAAGAAAAAAAGUCCACCUUUUCACAGAUCAUUGAGAUGACAGCGUGGCACUUCUGGCUGCACAUUUUAUUGACAAGGUGUUUUAAAUUAUUUGCCUUCAUAAUUUUAUUUUAUCUGUGAUUCUGUGCACACAUCCUUAAUCAUUUUUUCCUUUUAGGGAUAUCAUGUUUUUAGUACUGAGCUGUGCGUUCACUCAGUGAAUUGUUCCAGUUAAGUAAGCGGAUUGCUGUGCACCUUCUUCCUGCAAUGCAUUCUGGUCCGUGCAGCUUUUAGGUAGUGUGGGAGCAAACAUCUUUUUCAUUUAAUUAAAUAAAGACCUAUUGAUGUGGUAUGUCUCUUUCA